AUGGAGGAAGCAAGACAAAUCAAGGUUGACACAUCGGAGGCGAGAGGAGCAGAAGAGGCAGAAGCUGUGAUGAAGGAUGAGAAAACCGAAGCAAAAGAAGCAGCAAAAGGAAGAGGGUUGAUGGAUGAGACAGUGGAGGUAAAACAAGUCACAGAUUCCUCGGUGCCUCUUCAAAUGAAGAGUAACAGAGUAGCCUCUGGCGCCAAUUCUGGCCUGCGCCACCGACUUGGAUCAAAGAAAAAGGUGGCAAUCAAGGUACAAUUGGAUAGUGGACAAUUGGAUGGUAAGAAGGCUAGUUACAUAGCCUUGAAAGUUGCAGCUGGAAUUCCAGGUGUGGAGAGUGUGGAGCUAGGAGGGAAAGAGAAGAACAUAUUGGAAGUGAUAGGAGAUGAUUUUGAUUUUGUCCAUCUCACAUCGUUGCUGCGGAAGAAAAUUGGACAUGCAGAGAUAAUAUGGAAGAAAGAUAUUAUGGAAGAUGAGCCACUUCUUUCCAAAGAAGAGGAAGAUGAUCCAAUGUUGCAACCCCCGGUUUCAUCAUCCGCUCCUCAUCAUGUACUCUUGCCAAUCAAUGAGGAUAGUGUUGACUCAGAGAAGCUGAAUGGAGGGAUAGAAACGGAGAUGGAAACAAAGGCAAAGACUCACAGUAAUCAUGGUUCGGUAAAUGCAGAGCUCAGCUCAUGUACAAGAAAAACAACUGAGUGGACUUUACUGAUCACCAGCUUACUUCUAGAAGGUAUAUCUGCAGUUUUUGAGCAGCUCGGUUAUGCAUUAAUGGGCAUGGCGAUGGCAUUUCUAGCUUUGCUUCUUUCCAUCAUUGAUCUGAUUCGCAAGGCUCGAAAGGAAGGAAUUACAGGUGAUGGGAAGAGCCUGCUACCUCGUUUUUCUGACCAUUCAAGUCUUAAUUCCCCGAAUUUCAAGCCCUCUGGGAGUCUUGUUGAGUACUUUGGAUUAGCAGGGAAUGUAAAUGGUGCUGAGGGGAGUAACCCUGGUCCUAUCUUGAUAGUUGGAGAUUCUGAGUUCGAUGGCACUGCAUUGAAAGGUUACAGGAUUUUAGAGGCGGUGGUGCUGGGUUUUAGAGAUGAUGAUGCUGAUAGUGGUAGCCAGGAGUCCAGGACUUAG